AUGGACAAAAUGAGUCAAGGUGCGGGUACCGGUGCGCCGCCCUCCGGCCGCGGGCCCAUCGUGGGCAUCGACUUGGGGACGACGUACUCCGUGGUGGCGGUCCACCUCAAGGGCCGCGUGGAGAUCCUGAGCAACGACAGCGGCUCCAGGACGACGCCGAGCGUCGUGGGCUUCCUCAGCGGCGACAACUUCGUCGGCGAGGCGGCCAGGGACCUGCCGCCGCAGUCCCAGGUGUUCGACGCCAAGCGGUUGAUCGGGCGGCCCUGGAAGCACGUAGUGAACCUCGCCUGCAGGAAGCACUGGCCCUUCGGCGUGUUCGACGACUGUGGGGUGCCGCGCAUCAAGGUCAAGGUGGACGACAGGGAAGAGGAGUUCGCACCUGAAGAA